AUGACCUUCUAUCUGCAGCUAGGCAACGUCGACAAGGCCAGGCAGGUGGCACGACGAGCCAUCCAAGUGAUUCACUUCCGCGAGGAGCAAGAGAAACUAAAUGUCUGGAUGGCACUGCUAAAUGUCGAAAACAUGUACGGCUCACCGGAGACGGUGGAGGCUGUGUUUAAGGAAGCUGCGCAGUACAAUGAUGCACUGGAGGUGCAUUCACGUAUGCUGUCGAUUUACGAGCACGGCAACAAGAUUGACGACGCAGCAGCGUUGUUCCCACGCGCGGUGAAAAAGUUCAGCUUUGUACCGGACAUGUGGAUUCGCUGGUACGAGUUCUGUCUCCGCCAUGAUCGUGAAGACGAAGCGCAUGCACUCGUCCCGCGCAGUCUUCAGAGUCUGGACCGGAAGCAACAUCUUCGUGUGCUCACAGCCUAUGCGCUUGCUGAAUACAAGCUUGGUGAUGUGGAGCACGCACGGACCAUGUUCGAAACGUUAGUGUCACGGUAUCCAAAACGCACAGAUAUUUGGUGGCAGUACAUUGACCAAGAGGUCCGACUGGAAAAUGCCGCUGGAGCUCGCUCACUGAUGGAGCGUUGCUUGGCCGCACGCAAGCACACGACCAAGCAGGUGAAAUCGCUCUUACAGAAGUGGCUUGUGAUUGAGAAACGCGUUGGUGAUGAAGCUGGCGUGCAGCGGGUCCUGGACCGUGCGCGUGCUUUUGUGGCUAGUGUGCAGAAGCGAGCCGCCAGUAUCGGAGAUGACGAUGCACGAGACGAAGACGAAGAGGACGCACAAAAUGAUGGGGACGACAGUGACGACUUCGAUGAGGGUGAGAAUUAUAAGUAA